AUGGCGAACCGGCUGUCCAUGUUCUCCAUGGCAUCAGAGGGCCCCGGCUCGCGAGCCGGGGGUCCUCAGACGGCCCAGGUCUCGACGACGACGCUCCUGAAUGCCAUCCACAACAUCUACCUGACGUCGCAGGCUCACCAGCUGGACGCCAGCACCAGCCUCGUCGUCAACACGUGGCUGACGGCAUCGCAAGGCGGCCCGACCGUCGACGCCUCGCUGGCCACCAAAGCGUGGGAACAUGCCCGCCGGCGCGCCGAAGACGGGUGCAUCAUCCUCAGUUCCCUGCAUCAGUCAACGCCACCUCUCCUUGCCCCGUUUCUCUCCAGCUUCCCUUUCGCGAUCCCCUCGAGCCUCUACAAGUCCCUCGACGCUCUCCGACCGUUCCUCCAAUGUGUCACGCCAUACAACCCGUCUCUGCCCAGGCAGGCGGCUCUCGGUGUAACGCUGACCCUGAAUCUCGCCGGCAACCUCAAUGCGGCCUCGCUGGCGUUGUCGCAGGGCGGCAUUGACACAGUCAACGGUCUCCUCAAUAUUCCGACCGAGGCUGGCUACCGCGCCUUUGACGUCUUCUACUAUCUCUUGACAUCCGCUUCAACUCCUGCUGAGCGCGAAUUCCUCGGCCUCCAGAGCCCGUCCACCUACACCUUGCUGGGUCGAUCUGGCACAUAUACGCCGCCUGCAUACCUGCCUACGGCCGACGAUGCUGCGUCCGCCGAGGAUUUCCGCCAGGCCCUCAAGGACAUUGGCAUCAAGGGAUCGGCCCAUCGCAACUUCAUCUCCACCCUCGCCGCCCUUCUCAAGCUUGGAAACACUCUUGACUACGAUGUGGACUCCGAUAUCCUCGAAGAGACGUGCGAGGAUGUCAGCGGCCUUCUCGGAAUCGAGCCUGAGACGCUUAUGAAUAAGUGCAGCACCGAGGACCGGUGGACAUUUGUUGGGGGUCUUUACGAGUCCCUCGUCGACUGGGUCAUCAGGAAGGCCAAUGAAGCAAUUGCCACUCAGAUGGAGCGUAUCAAGAACGGCGACGAGUCUCCCGAUGGUCGAGGCGCGCGGACGCCCACUUCCAACGAAGACAAUGGCGACACUGUGUCCAUCACGGUCAUGGAGGUCGCCCAUACGACCCUCGGCAAGGCCCUGUCUAUGCGGUCCAUCUUCGAUGACACGCAGGGCAUUAAUGCCGAAAUGAUCGCGGACGGUGUGCAAGCAUCCCCCGCCGGAUCGUCGGUCUUGCGGGAAAUGCAGCAAGCCGUGUCCGAAGUUGCUCCCGACUUGGGAAUCAUGACAGGUCCCGAGGGACGCGAGCGUCAGCACGAACUUGAGAAGCGUGAGGUGGUCCUCGAGAAGAUCGCCUUUGCCUCGGAGGAGGGCAGUUUCAUUAAGAAGCUGCUCUUCCCCAUUGAGGGCGAGGGCAUCAAUCUCGGCCGGGCUGGCAGAAUAGACUUACCAGUCGUACUCAACUCCAACAGGCUGUGGUACCACCUUUCUCUGCACCCGACUGAUGACUCGCCUGCCCAGCUGGCGGCUCUGCCUUCGAUCACGUCCGCUUGGUCUGCUGGCACCGUUUCGCGCCAGCUGCGCUCUUGGAGGCUUCCGGAGUGGGCCAAUCGACGAAACAGAUGCCUCGACUUCACGGCGGACUUUGACGUUGAUGAACUAGUUCAGCGCUACUCUGUCCUCGGUUGCAAGGAUGGCAAGGACGGCAUCGAAAGCUGGAUGCUUGAGCGCGGCUGGAGCAACGGCGAAGUCUUCGUCGGCAAGGAGCGCGUGUGGAUGCGAGAAGGAGCUUGGUGGGAAGCAGAGAGCAUGCUCGACCUCAAGCCUGUUGACCACAUGGCUGCGCAGAGUGUCCACACCAACCCCUUUGGAACGGGCUUUGACACGGGCUACUCUGCCAGCGGCAGCGGCUACUUCCCGCCGCAAGCUGUCGACGCCAGCUUCAACGGGAGCAACGACCACCUGGUGCACUCGCGCAACUUUAGCAUGGGCAAUGGCAGCCAAAUGACGCUGAGCCAGCCUCUGAACGUUGCGCCUUCUAUUGCACCAACGGCCGCGCGAAACGUUAGCAACGGCGACUACGGCCUUGGCGCCAAGGGCGACACCUACAAGGGCGACGUCUACUACAACGAGGAGGGUGAGUUCACGGGUAUGAUGGACUCGGAGUUGGCCAAGAACAAGAAGAUCGAGACGAAGCCGGUCGACGCCUUGCGCCGCAUCUGGGUCAUUUUCGUGUGGACUCUGACUUUCUGGAUCCCGUCUUUCCUCCUCCGCUUCAUCGGUCGUAUGCGACGACCGGAUGUUCGGAUGGCCUGGCGCGAGAAGCUGGUUCUGUGCUUUCUCAUCUUGCUCCUCAACGGUAUCGUCAUCUUCUGGAUCGUGGAAUUCGGCCUCCUCCUCUGCCCCAACUUCGACAAGGCCUGGAACAGCAAAGAAGUGGCGACCCAUACUGGCGACAAUGAUUUCUGGGUCAGCGUCCGUGGGGAGGUUUAUGACAUCUCCAAGUUCUGGAAGCAGCAACACUCUGAUGUCGACAUUCAAACGACCACGGACAACAUGCAGCCCUUGGCCGGCUUGGACCUGGACGAAUACUUCCCUUUGCCGCUGAACGAGGCGUGCCAAGGCCUCGGCAUCGGAGAAUCCACAAGGCUGAUCGCGAACAACACUCCCGUGUUUACCGAAGCAAUUCACAGCACCGGCUUCUUCCAGCCGAACAAGGGCAGCAAGCUGAAUGAUCCGCAGUGGUACUGGAAAAGAUUCAUUCCCAAAAUGAAAGAGUACUACAAGGGCGACCUCGUCUUCAGUGAAGGCAUGGUUCAGUCAGCUGGCAGCGAUGAACAGCGCAAGUGGGCUAUGUAUGGCGACAAGAUCUACGACCUCACGGACUACUUCCACACGCAGUCCCUGAACCCCAGGGUUUCCAUUUACGAGUUCCUCGACUCAUCCGUCAGUGACCUCUUCAAAAACAAGCCGGGCCAGAACAUCAAGAGUGAUCUGGACGAGGCCAUUCAGAACUCCAUGGGCAACCAGACCCAGCACGCCAAGAUCAUGAACAGCUGGAAUUGCGUCCAGACUGUCUUCUACAAAGGCAAGACUGACUUUCGCGAGACCCCGAGGUGCACAGUGAACAAUUGGAUCCUGCUGGCCUUCAGUAUGGUCCUCUGCGCUGUCAUCCUCAUCAAGUUCAUCGCCGCACUGCGCUUCAGCUCCAAGCGUCGCCCUUCACCCCAAGACAAGUUUGUCAUCUGCCAGGUGCCCGCGUAUACCGAAGGCGAGGAUUCACUACGCAAGGCUCUAGACUCGCUCACCGCUCUCCAAUAUGACAAUAAGAGGAAGCUGAUCUGCGUCAUCUGCGACGGUGUUAUCGUUGGACAAGGAAACGAUCGUCCCACGCCCAAGAUCGUGCUCGAUAUUCUCGGCGUCGAUCCCAAGGUCGAUCCUCCUGCACUCCCGUUCAAGUCGGUUGGACCGGGCGCCGAACAGCUCAACUACGGCAAGGUUUAUUCUGGCCUGUACGAAUAUGAGGGUAAUGUCGUCCCCUAUAUUGUCGUUGUCAAGGUAGGCAAGGAGUCGGAGCAGUCCCGCCCCAAGCCCGGCAACCGUGGCAAGCGUGAUUCGCAGAUUCUUCUCAUGAGCUUCCUCAACCGCGUUCAUCAUAGAUCGCCAAUGAGCCCGCUCGAGUUGGAAAUGUUCCACCAGAUCAACAACAUCAUUGGCGUGGAUCCGGAGCUAUACGAGUAUCUGCUUAUGGUCGACGCCGACACCUGCGUCAGCGAGGACUCCUUGAACCGUCUUGUGUCUGCUUGUGCCCACAACGCCAAGAUCGCGGGUAUCUGUGGUGAAACGAGCCUGGAGAACGACGAGAAGUCAUGGACUACCAUGAUUCAGGUGUACGAAUACUUCAUCUCCCACCAUCUAGCCAAGGCGUUCGAGUCGCUCUUUGGUAGCGUCACUUGUUUGCCUGGAUGCUUCUCCAUGUACCGACUGAGAACAGUUGACAAGGGCAAACCGCUCAUCAUCUCCGAUGCCGUCAUCAAGGAAUACGCUGUCUGCGAUGUCGACACGCUGCACCAAAAGAACCUACUCUCUCUUGGUGAGGAUCGUUACCUCACGACUCUGAUGACCAAGCACUUCCCGUACAUGGCCUACAAGUUCGUUCCCGACGCGCAGUGCAAGACUGCCGCCCCCGAAUCUUGGAGCGUUCUCUUGUCGCAGCGCCGACGGUGGAUCAACUCGACCAUCCACAACCUGGUGGAGCUGAUGCGCCUGAAGGAAAUGUGCGGCUUCUGCUGCUUCAGCAUGCGCUUUAUCGUGUUCAUCGACCUCUUUGGCACCAUCAUCCUCCCGGCAACUUGCGGCUACCUCGGUUACCUCAUCUACAGAGUUGCGUCCCACACUGGCCAGUUCCCGCUCAUCUCCAUCUGCAUGUUGGCCGCUGUCUACGGCCUGCAGGCGCUGGUUUUUAUUCUCAAGCGCCAAUGGCAGCAUAUCGGAUGGAUGAUUAUUUACCUUAUCGCCUUCCCGAUUUACUCGUUCAUCCUGCCUGUCUAUUCAUUCUGGAACCAGGAUAACUUCUCGUGGGGUAACACGCGUAUCGUCAUCGGGGAGAAGGGCAGCAAGCAGGUGGUAGCAGUCGACGACGAGGGCUUCGAUCCUCGCUCGAUUCCGCUGCAGCGCUGGGACGACUACGCCAUGGCCAACAACCUGCCAGGGCGCCGUGGUGGUACCAUGGAGAAACACGACUAUGGGUACGGCGACCAGUAUGAGAUGGACGAAAUGAAGUCGGUCUAUUCGGCUGCUCCUCAGGGCUCCGUCCUUGCCGGGAUGGGUGGACGCAACACGUUCAUGCCGCCGCAGUCGCCCGCCUUCGGUCAGCCCAUGAACCGCGCGUCCACAAUGCAGGGCCCGUACCAGGAUGCAGCCAUGUCCAUUCGCCGACAGUCGAUGAUGUCUAUGGGCACAGCCAUCCAUGACGUGCACAGGAGCCAGUCGCCGUACCAAGAUGUGCCGGCCAACCGACACAGCAUGCUGAACAUGCCGAGCCAGUCGAAUAUCUCCCCGGCCAUGGGCCUGCCCGCGAAUCGAUCCGCCUCGGCGCUCGGCUUCGCGGGCGGGCAGCGUUCGCCGCUGAGCCACGACCCGAUGCAGUCGACGACGUCGUUUGACUUCCAGCGCGGUCACCUGCCUGCGGAUGACACGGCCAUCGUCGAGGCGAUCCAGUCGGUUCUCCGUGAGGUCGACCUGGACACGGUGACCAAGAAGCAAGUCCGCGCUCUCGUGGAGCAGCGCCUCCAGAGCGAGCUCGUUGGGGAGCGACGCACUUUCAUGGACCGGCAAAUUGAUCGCGAGCUGGAGAACAUGUAA